ACAGUAUUAGUACGAUGAAUCACUUUGUAAAACAGAAAUUCUAAGCCUAUGACACUUUAUUCUUCCUGUUCCUAACGAAAUGUUGCCGAGAUACCGAUUAAACCAUUAUCAGUGUAGAAGUGUUUAAAUAUUCAGGGCAGUGCGUACCUACAUCAAGUGCUACUUCAUGCACCUACUACACACCUACACAAUUUUUAAUGCACACGCGGAUGAACCCAGUCUCAAUUAGAUUUUAUUUAAUUGACUGACACCAUGAAGACAACUAUUCCAGUUGAAAUCCCAAAUACAUUUUUUGUAAUAAGUAUCAUCCUAUCGGCCACCGUCAUAGCUGAAUAUCGCGUGGGAGUCGGGAUAGCGGAUGUUACUGGACCGAUAGCCCAAAUUCAUUUCCUUGGAUAUGCAAACCCUUUUCAGAAAGGUACCGGUCUGCACCUCCGGCAAUUUGCGAGAGCUUUUAUUAUAGAAGAAGAUAAUCAAAGGGUUGUGUUCGUAAGUGUAGAUGCAGCUAUGAUCGGAGCGGGCCUAAGAAGCAAGGUGCUGAUGGAUCUCGAAAAGAAAUACGGCGACUCUUACAAUGAGCAAAAUUUAAUAUUAAGUGCAACGCAUACACACUCAUCACCAGGUGGAUUUAUGAUGGAUCUCCUUAUAGAUAUUUCAACCCUUGGGUUUAUUCCUCAAACGUUUAGUGCCUUACGAAGAGGAAUUGUAAAGGCUAUAAUAUCCGCCCACAACUCUCUGGAAGAGGCCAAAAUAUAUAUUAGCUCAGGCACAUUGCUGGAUUGCAAUAUUAAUAGAAGUCCUUCAGCUUAUUUACUGAAUCCAAAAGUAGAAAGAGACAAGUACGAAUAUGAUGUGGACAAAGAGCUAACCCAAUUGAAGUUCAUUGCAAAAGGUAAUAGUAGGUUGUUGGGAAUCAUAAAUUGGUUUCCUGUUCAUCCAACCUCUAUGAACAACACAAAUACGUUAGUGUCUUCAGAUAAUGUCGGUUAUGCAUCCAUCUUAUUUGAAAAAUAUAUUAAUAAAAACAAAAGGAUUGGAAAGGGCCCAUUUGUGGCAGCGUUCGCUUCAACCAAUUUGGGUGACGUUUCCCCCAACCUUAAAGGAGCACGAUGUGUCGAUACAGGAGCUGCGUGCGAUGCCGUAACUAGCACCUGUGGGGGCAGAUCACAGUCUUGCAUAGCAUAUGGUCCUGGUAGAGAUAUGUUCGAAAGUACCAAAAUUAUAGCAGAACGACUAUUUAAAAAAGCGCUGGAAAUUUUGGAUAAGAACGACGAAGAGUUACGCGGCGGCUUAAUUUUCGGACAUCAGUACGUAGAUAUGCCUAGUCAAUAUAUUGAUCACAUGAUGCCAAAUGGAACUGCUACAAAGGUACACGGUUGUCUACCAGCAAUGGGUUACAGCUUUGCGGCGGGAACGACGGAUGGACCUGGAGGUUUCGAUUUUAAACAAGGCACUUUAAGUGACAACACUAUGUGGAAUUUUAUACGAAAUAUUAUUGCCGAACCGACAAGCGACGAUAUUUCCUGUCAUCAUCCAAAACCCAUCUUUAUACCAACUGGAAGG